UUAAAAAGAGUAAUAUAAGUGAAUUUUAAAAAACUAGAACAGUUUGGCUGGAUUAUACUCUGAACAACUGAGUUCACUCAGUGUAAUGAGUAAGAGAGAGAAAAAUAGAAAGUGAGAACGAGUGAGCUCAGUGAGGGACCGAGUUGACAGUGGAAGGUAAGGACAUGCACGUGAAGCAUCAAUAAUUUUCUCAUGCACGGUGACGGUAGCCUCCAACUUCCCAUCCCAAAAGAAUCUCUCCAACCACAUCCCUUCUCUCCAGUCUCCACCACCACCACCCCUUUUCCUCUCUCUCUUUCUCUUAGUACCACUUAACUCCAUUACUCUUCCUGUUACUCUUCUUCAAUGCUUCCAUUAAUGCUCAUCUUCAUCCUUCUACAUCUCCUUCUCUCCCCUGCCAUUGCCAUUCAUGAUGAUGUUCCUAUGUCCAAAGAAACCAAACUCUUGUUCUUAAACAAGCUCCAAUGGAACCUCAACCAUGCUUCCUUCCCUCAUCCUCCACAAAGAUCAAGGACUGUAGAAGGAACAACAGUACUUGAAAUGAAGCAAACUAAACCCCGGGAAGCUGAUGAUGUCCUGAAGUUUUUAGUGUCAGAUGAUGCAAGAGUCUCAUCCUUGCAGUUCAGAAUUAGAAAUGGAAGCAACGAGAGCGCACAAGAAGGGUCUUCAAUGGAGGUUCAAAUUCCUCUGUCCUCUGGAGUCACACUGCAGACACUGAACUAUGUUGUGGCUAUUGAGCUUGGAGGGAGGAAGAUGACAGUUAUUGUGGACACUGGAAGUGAUCUUACUUGGGUCCAAUGCAAGCCUUGUACUUCUUGUUAUAACCAACAAGACCCUGUUUUUGAUCCCUCUGCUUCAUCUUCUUACCGAAACAUACCUUGCAACUCACCCACUUGUGAUUCCCUUUCAUUGGCCACAGGGAAUUCAGGUGUUUGUGGCACUGAUGAGCAGAGUUGCAGUUAUUCACUCAGUUAUGGAGAUGGAUCUUACAGCCAUGGAGUGCUAAGCAGUGAAAGUAUCAAUCUUGGCGGCACGUUAGUGAAAAAUUUCAUUUUUGGUUGCGGUGAGAGUAACCAAGGACUCUUCGGAGGAACAUCAGGUUUAAUGGGGCUUGGCAGGACUCAACUCUCACUGGUAUCUCAAACUGCAUUUCAAUUUGGAGGUGUUUUCUCCUAUUGUUUGCCUGCAAGUGAAUUCGAUUCAUCAGGUUCUCUAGUUCUUGGCAGUAAUUCCUCAGUUUACAGAAAUUCCACACCAAUUGUAUACACCAGAUUGAUCUCAGAUCCUCUGCAAGGACCAUUUUAUUAUCUCAAUCUCACUAGCAUCAGUGUUGGAGGAAUGACAUUGCAGGCUUCUGGUUUCUCUAAUGGUAGAAUUCUAAUUGAUUCAGGGACAGUGAUCACUAGGCUUGUUCCUUCCAUUUACAGAGCUCUGAGAGAUGAGUUUGUUAAGCAAUUCUCCGGCUUCUCUCCUGCGCCGGCUUUCUCGAUAUUGGAUACUUGCUUCAACUUGACAGGAUACACAGAAGUGAGUGUUCCUACAUUGAGGUUACAAUUUGAAGGUGAGGUGGAGCUGGAUGUAGAUGCCACAGGUGUGUUGUAUUUUGUUCAGAAGGAUGCUUCUCAGGUGUGUUUGGCUCUGGCUAGUCUUUUGUAUGAAGAUGAGACUACCAUCUUUGGAAAUUAUCAGCAAAAGAAUUUGCGCAUUGUAUAUGAUACUGCAGGAAAUAGAUUGGGAUUUGCAGAAGAGGCCUGUGGUUAUAACUAGAGAAAGAGCAGGAAUAAGUAUAACUAAGAGAAGUAUAAAAAACAUAGGUAGUGUGAAUUGUAUAUUCAAGGAUUCCAUUGUGUGCAUUUAUCUGAUUUGGAUUUCGGACGAAUUUGUAUCUGUAAUUUCUAUUACAACAACUGCAGUUUCAAAUCUCUAACAAAAGAAUGUUAAUCAGUAGUUUCUACGAAGAUAUGCAAGGUAAUCAAUUGAAACAAUGAGAAUCAUGGAAAUUGAGAAAAGUAUUUUGGCUUGAAGUGAGAAAGUAGCAUAAAAGAACAUGGCAAGUGGGUAGACAGGUACCUUGAAUUCUCCACACAGAAUGGUCCUGGAGAGCAAUUCAUGUCUGAUAAUAAUUUUUCUGUGGCCAAAGACAGCAUGUCCAUUAGCAAGUUGGCUGUAAAGGGAAUCUGAACUGCAGAUAAAUCCAAUUGAAUUCCAAAUACUGACGUGUGACAUGAAUAGUAAAAAUUCAUCUUUACUGAUGAAAACUCUGCCACUUUGCUCUGUCCACAAGAAUUGAAUUUCUGACAAGAAAUUAGCAGAUCAUGUCAGCAAUUUCCUGUGGUGUAUCUUACCCGGACAAUAGCUUGUCAAGUUACAACAUUUGAACGAAUCGAGCUACAAAACAAGAAACAUCACAUGAUUCUGAAAUGUAUUAUCUUGGAUAAAUGAUUGUUAGCCACACACGCAAAAA